CUGGAUGUCGCUGAUUUGAUUGAACUAGAGGACACCUCGCAUCAUAACAACGCAUAUAAAAUCUAAAAUAGUAUCUUAACAAGCACUACACGCUAUUGAGUCGCGGGAUGCAUAACAACAUUAUAGUUGUAUAAGAGACAGCUCAGAACAGAGUAGCCUAAAAGAGCUGCUGUCAUCGGUUUUUAACAUUUUAAACUAUUUACCUUUUAUUGCUUUUUUGAAAAUAUAUUUUAUCAUAGAGUUUAAGUAUAGCAAUUGCACUUAUGGACACCAUUCUGGACAAUUUCGCCCCGGAUAAACUUUUCCCCAGUGCCAACCUGUUGGACCUUGAGGAUUUGAAUGAAGGGGAUUUUCUCAACAAUGUGCACUUCUCGGAGCAGAUGGAGGACUUCUCCAACGAGCUGUUCAGCAGCUUCUUUGAUGACCACCUCCUGGCCGACAGGAACCCACUGCUGGACAUGGAGAUGGACCCACCCAACCCUGACAUCCAGCAAGAACACAGCUACUCCCUGAGUGGAGACUCGGCCCCCCAGAGCCCCUCCAUGUCCAUCAAAAUAGACGAGGAAGCAGAGUUUGAAGGAAUGUGGUCUUUCAGUCAGGACCUGACGGCCAUCCUGGUAAAGCAGGAGCCUGAUCAACAGGCAGAACCUUCCUCUACAGUCCCCUCCAUGGGGAACUCAUGCUUCCAGCCUCUCAACCUUGCCCCACCACCUCACAGGAGCUCAUCGGGGGAUAUAGGCUCCAAAGAGUUGAACCUCGACCCCACACCUGCAAUCAAAGAUGAACCCAGAGAGGUCAACCAGUUCCUCAACAUCCCUUCAGAUGAUCAGCUGCAGCUCCCCCCUACCCCUCCCAGCAGCCAUGGCAGUGACAGUGAUGGAUCCCAGAGCCCCCGCUCCAUACCCCCUUCCAGCCCAGCCCGCCUACAGGCCCGCUCCUCCGCUGCCAUAUCCUCCUCACCCCUCCUUACCGCCCCACACAAGCUACAGGGCACUUCAGGGCCACUGAUGCUGACAGAGGAGGAGAAACGCACCCUGAUCGCUGAAGGUUACCCCGUACCCAACAAGCUGCCCCUCACCAAGACCGAGGAGAAGGCACUGAAGAGGGUGCGCAGGAAAAUCAAAAAUAAGAUAUCUGCCCAGGAGAGUCGCAGGAAGAAGAAGGAGUACGUGGAGUGCCUGGAGAAAAAGGUGGAGAACUACACGACUGAGAACAGUGACCUGUGGAAGAAGGUGGAGACACUGGAGAGUGCUAACAGAACUCUACUCCAGCAGCUCCAGAAACUCCAGGCCCUGGUCACAGGAAAAGUGCCCCAAUCCUGCAAGAUGGCCUCCACGCAAACAGGAACAUGCCUUAUGGUGGUGGCGCUGUGCUUUUUCCUGGUGCUGGGCUCCGUUGUGCCUUGUCUGCCUGAGCUCUCCUCCCUGUCCCAUACUGUGAAGUCCUCCUCGCCCCUCCCCUCGGCUGACGUCUACACAGCCAGCCAGGUCCGCUCCCGCAGCCUACUCUUCUACGACGAGAACUCCUCGUUGGAGGACGGUCACGGGGGCUUCCUGAAGAUGGAGGGGGACGGCUCGGAGGGGGCGCCCCUUGACUACAACGAGGACCGGUCGGCACAUGACAGACACGGAGGCGAACACGAGAACACCAAGUACCUCAGCAAGGCUCGCUCCGACCCGGUGGACUACAACAGGACCAGCGCCCAGUUCCUCCAAGAAGAGCCGCAGUACCACAAAAUAGAGCCAAACCCCGAAGGAGGAGCGGAGUACUUUUAACCUUUAGGGGCGGAGCUGCCAAAAACACGCAGCUCUCCAGACUCCUUACCCAUGUGGAUGUGUAGUGACACUACGGCGCCCCCUAGUGUGCCAUCCCCAACCCACCUCUCCCUGCACUCCCUGACCUCCUGCAGCAGCUCCCUGGCCUUCCUGUUCCGUCUCAUUCCCUGAAGUCCCAACCGAUAGAGAGGAUGAAGAGGGUAUGUGAAGAAGAUCGAAAUGAUGGGCAACUGCAAUCAAAGCUCCACAGCAACUUUUCAUCUUUGACUGCUGUGCUUGACUGGAGGCAGAAGCAGGGAGUGAGAGGGGCUUUUUGAAACCUCUGUGUGCAAUGUGUGUCUGCCUGCACUUUCAAGUGGGUGAGUGUGGUUGCAGUGCUUCUGUGCAGAUGAAGUGCUCCUCAGAUUCCACCACACUGUUGCUUUUUCAAGGACUGCUAAAAAUAUUUAGAACACAGGGGGUACUUUAGGUGAAGGGUGUAUCGGAUCUAUAGCAAAUUGGAUGGGAUGGUGAGGGGGAUAGGGAUGGGGGGGGCUGUAUUUUUAAUUCCAGUUGUCCUGUUAUAGAAAUUCCCUCUCCUAAUUCACAAUUGGUAAUGCAAUUAUUUUAAUACAUACAUUUCAAAGAUCGUCCUCCAUUACCUUUCGUUUAAAAUGCGCUCUAGUGCCUAGAAUUAUACAUCUUUCAAUGGCAUUUAUUUUACAUUUGACCACAUUUUGUCCCAUAACGUUUAAGCUUGUAUAUGCAUUGCACUUUUUUGUCUUCAGGUCGACCUUGCAAGCUAAUGGGCAUAAGUGCCUUCAAACUCUUUCAGUGUUUGUAUUCUCACACCAUCCACAUGGGGUUGUUCAUUUGAUUAUUUUACUCUUUAUGCAAUCUAAAUCAUAUGUAAUAUAUACGUAUUAUUGGCAUCAAAAAAAGAGCAUAUUUAUUUUAUGCAAAAAAAUAUUGUGAACUUUUCUUUUUAUGAAUAUCAAUUAUGAUGUCAUGUUUACAUGAUCUUGUUGUCUUAACUGUUACACAGUUUGUCUGUUUUUGUAUUUAUUUCUGUAUCAAGAAAGUUUUGUAUAUAUUGAAAAAAACGUGAACAGGGACAAUCAGUGUAAAUACAUACCAAGGGUGUACAAUACUCCCUCACUGGAGCAAAGCCUUCUCUAGUCCAAGAGACUCUGAAAAACUGCUCAUCUUUACAAAAAUCUUAGUCAAAGGAAUACAUUUCCUCCACAUUUAAAAAAAAUAAUAAUCAUAUCAUAAUUAUGCUAAAGGUCAUUCAAGUCCAUUCAUUGUGAAUGUGAAAAUAUAGUAUAUUUUAAAUUGAUUAUCAAACUUCAGAAUCCUCUAGGGGG